AUGGCAGGGCAGCUCCUUGCUGGCCUUGGCUUCCUGUUGGACAAUGCUUUCAAUUGUUUGUUGGACAAGCCCUGGCUGAUGGCAGAGCUGUUAGCAAAUCAAAUCAGACGUGGAUUUGGAAGAGCCCAUCCUUCGGACUUGGGACCAGGAGCAGAGAACCUAGGAGUUCCUGCUGGUUCUGAUGAAGAGGAUAAGGUCAUUGAAGAGAGGAGAAAUGACUAUGAACCUCAACCUCUGAGGGUACGCCAGCCUGAAGCUGCAAAAUCAAACACAUCAGCAGCAUCGGGCCACCUGCUAGAUGGAUCAGCUUCUGCUGAAGGGGAGGAAGACGAAGCAGGUGGCUAUGAAGAUGAGGAAUAUGGCAGAGAAGAGCAUGACAAUGAGGAAUAUGAAGAUCACUUUGAAAGAGUUAAGGAAGCUGAGGCUGAGGAUGGUGAAAACUGGGAGGAUGACUAUGAGCCUCUGCCGGUUGUGGUCCCCCCAUCUGAACACGCAAACUCAAACACACCACCAGCAUCAGGUCACCUGCUAGAUGGAUCAGUAUCUGCUGAAGGGGAUGAAGAUGAAGCAGGUGGCUGUGAAGAUGAAGAAUAUGACAGAGAGGGGAAUGAAAAUGAGGAAUACGAAGAUCAGUUUGACAGAGUUAAGGACGUUGAGGCUGAGGAUGCUGAAAACUGGGAGGACGACUAUGAGCCUCUGCCGGCUAUGGUCCCCCCCUCUGAACAUGCAAACUCAGCCUCCUUAUGGGCGUCCUACAGCAAGAGGUGUGGACAACUGCAGACAGAUGAGGACUCCCUGGACAAACUCAGGAGCAUUGUGAGCAUGGGACAUCCUGAGAAUAAAUAUGCAGAAGCAGAAAAGCUUGGCCAAGGGAGCUAUGGAGCUGUUUAUCGUGCUGUUGAAAUGGCCACAGAACGAGAGGUGGCCAUCAAGCACAUUUAUGUCAAUCCUGGGGAUGAGGACUAUGUGAUGAAUGAAAUCCUCGUCCUACGGGACCAAAAGAACCCAAACAUCAUCAACUACCUGGACAGCUAUCUGGUGGGUGCUGAGCUGUGGCUGGUCCUGGAGUACCUGGAUGGAGGCUCCCUGGCUGACGUGCUUAAGGCGACACGUAUGGAUGAAGGCCAGACAGCAGCUGUCUGCAGGGAGUGUCUGCAAGGUUUGGACUGCCUUCAUUCCAACGGAAUCAUCCACAGGGACAUCAAAGGCUGUAACAUCCUGCUUGGAACGGACGGGUCCGUCAAACUGGCUGAUUUUGGCGUCUGUGCUCUGCUCACCCCUGAGCAGAACAAGAGGACCACCUAUGCUGGAACUCCCCACUGGAUGGCUCCAGAAAUAAUGAAGGAAGAGUCCUACGGCGCCAAGGUGGACAUCUGGUCCCUUGGCAUCACAGCAGUGGAGAUGGCCGAAGGAGAACCUCCCUACGCCUCUGAAAACGACAGCAGGGUGGGUGAUCUGAUUGUGGCCAAUGGGACACCAAAGCUGCAGAACCCGGCUGAGCUCUCUGCUGCCCUUCUUGACUUCCUUCAGUGCUGCCUGGAGGUGGAUGUGGACAGGCGAUGGUCUGCCAAGGACCUUCUGCAGCACCCAUUUGUGACAUCAGCAGGGCCAGUCUCCAGCCUGAUCCCACUGAUCACCGCAGCAAAGGAAGCCAGGAACGGCGUCCACUAG